AAAGCUCACAGAUUUAUCAAUUCUGCUUUCUGUUUUCUAAAUCACUAAUUUGUGCUUUAAUUCUUAUUGUCUUUGUUUUCUUAGUUUUAUUUGUUGUAUGCUUUUUCUACGUUUGCUUCAGUUGGAUCCUUAGGACAUUUUUUAUAUUCUUUGAUAACAAAAUCAUUAAAAAAUACGACUUUUUUUCUUAAGUUAAACUGUGGCCACUCUCUUUACGUUUCGAUAUUUCAUGUGUGCUGGAGCUCUUGGGGAGCCUGACCACCCUUCCUCUCGACAAGGUCGCUGAGGAGAGUCUCGUACGUGGAACAAUGACAGAGCUAGACAUUUUAGCGCUUGAUUACUGUCUGCACUUUUUCUCCAAAGCCUCAACUAGGGACCUAGCAAUAGCUUACCAGAAUAGUAGCAAGGAUCUGUGGAAAGUCGUUUUUUUUUUUUUUAACCUAAGCAAAGUAGUUUGAAUUUAUUGCCUAGGACCAGAGCAGAUCCUAAGCCCAAAGUGGAGUUUUAGUAGUACUUAGGCAAGCCUCAGGAGCCCUGGUGGUACACUGAUUGAGCACUUGGCUGCUAACUGUAAGGUAGGAGAUUUGAACCCAACAGCCAAGAGAAAAGACCUGGCAAACUGCUCCCUUAAAGAUUACAGCCUAGGAAACCUGUGGGGGCAGUUCUACUCUGUCCUAUAAGGCCGCUAUGAACUGGAAUCGACUUGAUGGCACGUAACAACAGACAAGUCUCAACACGUUACCACCAGAGGAUAUGAAACUAAAAGCUAGGGACAGUGAGAAAAUAUUUGGCCCAGAGCUCAUGGCCUUGCUGAGCUGGGCAGGCUACAGGUUAGUCUUGCUCCCUGCUUCUUUCAUGCAUUUCUAGUGGCCCAUUGGUGUCCCCAAGGCCAUGAAGGAUAUCCUGGGAUGGAGAGAACAGGAGAAGGGAGAGGAACCCAUAGUGCCAGGAGAAACAUGGUGGGCAUCUCUUGGGCAGAGCCUGCAGCGCUCCAUGGAAAAUGCAUUUCUGUCCUCCUCCCUUAGAGCUCAGAGUGCAGGGCAACUAGGAUUCAAAUUGCAAAGGCAAGUCUCCUGUCCCUUGGUCCAGCAGGACCUGGUGCAGAGGAGGUAGCCCUCUGCACCCCAACCUGAACUUCUUCAAGCCGACAGAAGAAUGACUUCUUGUCCCAGGAGUCAAACUCAGGGGAGGAGGUGUCACAUCAUGACAGGCUCAGAGCUCAGCCCAGUUGAUGGACCCGUUCCAGGUCAGAUGGACUCAGGGCCAGUGUUCCAUGGGGACUCACGGCAGCUAAGCUCCUCAGGGGUGCCAGUCAAUGGUGCUAGAGAGCCCGCUGGGCCCAGUCUGCUGGGGGCUGGGGGUCCCUGGCGGGUAGACCAGAAGUCUGACUGGGACGCUGCCCCAGGCCCAACCCAUACCGCUCGCCUGGAAGAUGCUCACGAUCUGGUGGCCUUUUCGGCUGUGGCCGAAGCUGUGUCCUCUUAUGGGGCCCUUAGCACACGGCUCUAUGAAACCUUCAACCGUGAGAUGAGUCGGGAGGCGGGGAACAACAGCAGGGAACCCCGGCCAGGGCCUGAGAGCUGCUCUGCUGGCAGUGAAGACCUUGACACGCUGCAGACGGCCCUGGCCCUCGCACGGCAUGGCAUGAAACCACCCAACUGCAACUGCGAUGGCCCAGAAUGCCCUGACUACCUCGAGUGGCUGGAGGGGAAGAUCAAGUCUGUGGUUGUGGAGGGAGGGGAGGAGCGGCCCAGACUCCCAGGGACUCUGCCUUCUGGUGAGGCUGGCCUCCCGGCACCAAGCACCCGGCCACUCCUCAACGCCGAGGUCCCCCAGAUACCUCCCCCGGAGGGCCUGCCCUUGUCCCAGAGUGCCCUGAGCAUCGCCAAGGAGAAGAACAUCAGCCUGCAGACCGCCAUUGCUAUUGAGGCCCUCACGCAGCUCUCGUCUGCCCUCCCCCAGCCUUCUCACUCCACCUCCCAGGCUGCUGGCCCCCUGCCUGAGGCCUUGUCCCCUCCUGCCCCUUUCAGAUCUCCCCAGUCCUACCUCCGGGCCCCCUCCUGGCCUGUGGCCCCCCCUGAAGAGCACCCAUCCUUUGCUCCUGAUAGCCCUGCCUUCCCACCAGCGACUCCUAGAACCGAGUUUUCUGAAGCCUGGGGCACUGACACCCCACCAGCAACUCCUCGGAGCCCGUGGCCCAUGCCGCGCCCAAGCCCCGACCCCAUGGCUGAACUGGAACAGUUGUUGGGCAGCGCCAGUGAUUACAUCCAGUCAGUAUUCAAGCGGCCUGAAGCCCUCCCCAGCAAGCCCAAGAUCAAGAUUGAGGCCCCUGCUUCCUCUCCAGCCCCGUCCCUGUCGCCCAUCCUCCAGAAGGAGGCUCCCCCGCCGUCCUCGGAGCCUGACACCCACCAGAAGGCCCAGGCCGCCCUGCAGCAGCACCUCCAUCACAAGCGCAGCCUCUUCCUGGAACAGGCCCAUGAUGCCACCUUCCCUGCUCCUACGGAGCCUUCUGCUCCUGCUUGGUGGGCCCCAGCAAGCUCACCGGCCCCACGGCCUCCAGACAAACCACCCAAAGAGAAAAAGAAGAAGCCCCUGGCACCCUCUGGAGGUCCCAUGGGAACCGAGAAAGCUGCCCCUGGGAUCAAACCCACUGUCCGAAAGCCCGUUCAGAUCAAAAAGUCCAAGCUGCGGGACACACAGCCCCUCUUCCUGCCCCUACGGCAGAUCGUUCUGGAAGGGCUGAGGUCGCCAGCCCCUGAGGAGGUGCAGGCACACCCACCUGCCCCCCUCCCCACCUCACAGGGCUCUGCUGUCCCCCAACCCCCAGAACCUUCUCUUGCGCUAUUUGCACCAAGUCCCUCUGGGGACAGCCUGCUGCCCCCUACUCAGGAAACGAGGUCCCCCAGCCCCAUGGCCACUCUGCAGGCGGUCUCCACUGGCCCUCUUCCCCCUGCUGAUGACAAGCUGGAAGAGCUCAUCCGGCAGUUUGAGGCUGAAUUUGGGGAGAGCUUUGGGCUUCCCGGCCCCCCAUCUGUGCCCAUUCAGGACUCCGAGAACCAGCCAACGUGUCUCCCAGCCCCUGAGAGCCCUUUUGCUACCCGUUCACCCAAGCAAAUCAAGAUCGAGUCUUCGGGGGCUGUGACUGUGCUGUCUACCACCUGCUUCCAUCCAGAGGAGGGAGGCCAGGAGGCCACACCCACCAAGGCUGAGAACCCACUCACACCCACCCUCAGCGGCUUCCUGGAGUCACCUCUUAAGUACCUGGACACACCCACCAAGAGUCUGCUGGACACACCGGCCAAGAGAGCACAGGCCGAGUUCCCCACCUGCGACUGCGUAGAACAAAUAGUGGAGAAAGAUGAAGGUCCAUAUUAUACUCACCUGGGAUCUGGCCCCACUGUAGCCUCUAUCCGGGAACUCAUGGAGGAGCGGUAUGGGGAGAAGGGGAAAGCCAUCCGGAUCGAGAAGGUCAUCUACACCGGGAAGGAGGGGAAGAGCUCGCGUGGCUGCCCCAUUGCAAAGUGGGUGAUCCGCAGGCACACACUGGAGGAGAAGCUGCUCUGCUUGGUGCGGCACCGGGCGGGCCACCACUGCCAGAACGCUGUCAUCGUCAUCCUUAUCCUGGCCUGGGAGGGCAUCCCCCGCAGCCUCGGCGACACCCUCUACCAAGAGCUCACCGACACCCUCCGGAAGUACGGGAACCCCACCAGCCGGAGAUGCGGCCUCAACGAUGACCGUACCUGUGCCUGCCAAGGCAAAGACCCCAAUACCUGUGGUGCCUCCUUCUCCUUCGGCUGCUCCUGGAGCAUGUACUUCAACGGCUGCAAAUACGCCCGGAGCAAGACGCCGCGCAAGUUCCGCCUCGCAGGGGACAAUCCCAAAGAGGAAGAAGUGCUCCGGAAGAGUUUCCAGGACCUGGCCACCGAAGUCGCUCCCCUGUAUAAGCGGCUGGCUCCCCAGGCCUAUCAGAACCAGGUGACCAAUGAGGAAAUAGCAAUCGACUGCCGCCUGGGGCUGAAGGAAGGGCGGCCCUUCGCAGGGGUCACGGCCUGCAUGGAUUUCUGUGCCCAUGCCCACAAGGACCAGCAUAACCUCUACAAUGGGUGUACCGUGGUCUGCACUCUGACCAAGGAAGACAAUCGUUGCGUGGGCAAGAUCCCCGAGGAUGAGCAGCUGCACGUGCUCCCCCUGUACAAGAUGGCCAACACGGAUGAGUUCGGCAGCGAGGAGAACCAGAACGCUAAGGUGGGCAGCGGGGCCAUCCAGGUGCUCACCGCCUUCCCCCGUGAGGUCCGGCGCCUGCCUGAGCCUGCCAAGUCGUGUCGCCAGCGGCAGCUGGAAGCCAGAAAGGCAGCAGCUGAGAAGAAGAAGGUCCAGAAAGAGAAGCUGAGCACUCCCGAGAAGAUAAAGCAGGAGGUCCUGGAGCUGGCUGGUGUUUCCACUGACCCAGGCCUGUCUCUGAAGGAUGGAUUGUCCCAGCAAGGCCUGAAGCCUUCCCUCAAGGUGGAGCCACAGAACCACUUCAGCUCUUUCAAGUACAGCGGCAACACAGUGGUGGAGAGCUACUCGGUGCUGGGCAACUGCCGGCCCUCCGACCCCUACAGCAUGAACAGCGUGUACUCCUACCACUCCUACUAUGCACAGCCCAGCCUGACCUCUGUCAACGGCUUCCACUCCAAGUAUGCUCUUCCGUCUUUUGGCUACUACGGCUUUCCAUCCAGCAACCCCGUCUUCCCCUCUCAGUUCCUGGGCCCUGGUGCCUGGGGGCAUGGUGGCAGCAGUGGCAGUUUUGAGAAGAAGCCAGACCUCCAUGCUCUGCACAACAGCCUGAGCCCGGCCUACGGUGGUGCUGAGUUUGCCGAGCUGCCUGGCCAAGCUGUUGCCACAGACACCCUCCACCCCACGCCUCACCACCAGCAGCCUGCUUAUCCAGGCCCCAAGGAGUAUCUGCUUCCCAAGGUCCCCCAGAUCCACUCAGCUUCCAGGGACCCCUCUCCCUUUGCCCAGAGCUCCAACUGCUACACCAGAUCCAUCAAGCAAGAGCCCGUAGACCCACUGGCCCAGGCCGAACCUGUACCCAGAGACCCUAGCAAGAUGGGCAAAACACCUUUGCCCGAGGCAUCUCAAAAUGGGGGACCCAACCACCUGUGGGGACAGUAUGCCGGAGGCCCAAGCAUAUCCCCCAAGAGGACUAACAGUGUGGGUGGCAGCUGGAGUGUGUUCCCUUCUGGAGAGAGCCCCGCCAUUGUCCCUGACAAGCUUGGUUCUUUUGGGGCUGGCUGCCUGACCCCAUCCCACUUCUCAGAUGGCCAGUGGGGACUGUUUCCUGGUGAGGGGCAGCAGCCAGCUCCCCAACCUGGAGGACGGCUGCGAGGCAAACCAUGGAGCCCUUGCAAGUUUGGGAACAGUGCCUCGGCCCUGGCCGGGCCUGGCCUGACUGAGAAGCCAUGGAGCAUAGGGGCAGGGGAUUUCAACUCUGCCCUGAAAGGCAGUGCUGGGUACCAAGAGAAGUUGUGGAGCCCCAUGAAAGGGGAGGAGGGACGGAUCCCAACUCCAGGGGCUAGCCAGCUGGACAAAGCCUGGCAGUCCUUCAGUGUGCCCCUGGGUCCCAGUGAGAAGUUGUUUGGGGCCCUAAAGUCUGAGGAGAAGCUGUGGGACCCCUUCAGCCUGGAGGAGGGGAUGGCUGAGGAGCCCCCCAGCAAGGGGCCUGUGAAGGAAGAAAAAGGUGGUGCUGAGGAGGAGGAGGAGGAGCUGUGGUCAGAUAGUGAACACAACUUCCUGGACGAGAACAUCGGUGGCGUGGCUGUGGCCCCUGCGCACGGCUCCAUCCUCAUUGAGUGUGCCCGCCGGGAGCUGCACGCCACCACUCCUCUCAAGAAGCCCAACCGCUGCCACCCCACCCGCAUCUCGCUGGUUUUCUACCAGCACAAGAACCUCAACCAGCCCAACCACGGGCUGGCCCUCUGGGAGGCCAAGAUGAAGCAGCUGGCCGAGAGGGCAAGGGCGCGACAGGAGGAAGCCGCCCGGCUGGGCCUGGGCCAGCAGGAGGCCAAGCUCUACGGGAAGAAGCGCAAGUGGGGGGGCGCCCUGGUCGCUGAGCCCCAGCAUAAGGAGAAGAAGGGGGCUGUCCCCACCCGGCAGGCACUGGCUAUGCCCACAGACUCAGCAGUCACCGUGUCCUCCUAUGCCUACACGAAGGUCACUGGGCCCUACAGCCGCUGGAUCUAGGUGCCGGGGAGCCAGCGUACCUCAGCGUCGGGCCCAGCCCGAGCUGCCUCUGUGGUGCUUUUGCCCUCACGCCUGGGGGCGGGUUGGGGGUGCAGAAGUCUUUUUAUCUAUGUAUACAUAUAUAGAUACGCAUAUAUAUGUAUUUAUGGUCCAAACCUCAGAACUGACCCGCCCUCUCCCACCUCCCCAGCACUUUGAAGAAGAAACUACGGCUGUCGGGUGAUUUUUUCCGUGAUCUUAAUAUUUAUAUCUCCACGUUGGUUUUUUUUUUUCCCCCCUUGUUUGGGGGUGGGGAGGGCUUUUAUUUUCUCUUUGUUUUUAAAAUUCUAUCCUUGUAUAUCACCAUAAUGGAAAGAAAGUUUAUAGUGUCCUUUCACAAAGGAGUAGUUUUAAAUGCCAUUUAAAAUGUGUAUUUAUUGGAUUUUUUUAAAGCAACAAUAGUAAUGGUAAAAGCUCAGCAGGAAGGGCCAGCGGUGCUCAUUCCUGCCCCGGCUGCAGGGCCCAGCGCUCCUGGCCCUCUUGAGAGCUGAUGAGGUUCUCUCAGCCAUCUGUCCCUCACAAACCAAGUGCAGAUUGUAGCCACCACCCAGUCCAUCCCUCCCGACAGACACACCUUCCCUCUGGGAAGGGAGCCCUCACGACAGCCUCUGUCCUCUCGGGCAGGCUUGGAGGUGGGGCACGUGAGCCCCAGGCCAGGCACCUGAGAUGCUGGCAUAGAUUUCCCCAGAAACCAGGCUGGAAGCAGAAGGCUGCAAGCUUGCUAGUCUCCACACUGAAUUCUCUGUUACCGAUCAAGUCAGACGAUGUCAUGGUUCACUAGGUAGCACCUCACGAUGGAGCUGGACAUGAGAAGGCUCUCAGGAGCCCUUUCUGCCAAGUUGACAAGCCAGUUAAUACUGGGCUGAAGGAAUUUGUCUUAGUGGCAGUUUUGAAAAAUGCCCCCAGAUACUGAAAAAAGGGCUACUGUAUCUUUAAAAACAAGAAGUUGAACCCAAGCUGUGAAAAGCCAGCGUUGCUCUCUGCCCAUCGCUGUGCAGUGCCUGGUGCUGUAAUAUUGUGCUGGGACUUUCUUGACUCUCCAGCAGGUUGUAUCCCGCUGGAGCUCAGCAGACCAGUGUAACAGCAGUUAAUACAUCUUAUCCUUAUUCCCAGAUUUCCACAUUGGACAAUGGUGCAUGCCUCACGCCUGAGCCCACCCCCUCCACAUUAUUAUUUGGGGGCACGGGGGUUACACUUAACAGUUUUACAAUGCAAGAGUCAAACGUUUUCAAAGGUUGCUAGGAUUUUCCUCCACAAUUGGUGCCAUUUCUCUAUUCGAUCAUCUCUUUUCCCUUCCUCCCCCUCUACCUGCUUCAGACAUGCCCCUUCUAAGAUUCUGCUGCGUUCUAUUCAGUUCACUGAAAUGAGACCGUGGUGCUUAACUUUUGCGAGAUUGUUGAGAGAGGUUGGGCCUGACAGGUGGAAGCAACACUCAGCUGCAGCAAGUCAGACUUCUGGGAGUGUUUUUCCUGUGGUGUUAGCAGAAAUUCCACCAAGUGCCCCGCGUGGGCGUGCGUGGUGGAUGGGAGGCUUCACCUUGUCUGUACGUCAGGACACACCACAAGGGGAGAGUGGCCACACAGAGUGAAAACCGAGCCCUGUGAGAAACCUCGUAUUUAUUGAGCAGUUUAUUCAAAUGUGGGUCUUUGUAAAAUGAGUUUAACAAUCAGAUGACAAUGCUAAAGGCAAGUUCUGCACUCCCAGGUGCCUUGUGUAAGAGCUGAGAGCCAACCCGAUGGGCAUUUACUGUAACCGGUCCUGAGGUGCUGGCGGAAAAUCGCUGUAAAAUGUCCUGAGCAUUUAUGUGGUCUGGUUUUAACUGUAAAUAGUGAAAGAUUUUUUUAAGCACUUUUGCCUAGAUUUAAACAGCAACUUGAAAAAAAAAAGUAUGUUUUAACAUGUAAUUGUGGGAGAAUUGUAAAUAGUAGCCGAAUAUUUAACGUGCUUUGUCUAUCCUUCACUUUUACCAUAUUCUGUAAAGUUGCAUUUAUUUUACAGGACAAAAAUGAAAUAUUAUUGCUUUUGAAAUAAAUACCCAAGAGCUUAUCAGGAUUUAGAAUUAUUCAGAACUCAGAUUUAUAGGAAAACCUCUGAUCUUCCGUUGGACGAGCUAAAGGAAGCGGAGUCUUUAAUGAGCAUGCUAAAUUUUCUAGUUUUGAGGAAAAGUUGGGUCCUUUAAAUGCUAUUUUGCUUAUCGCAUCAGUGCUUUUACGCAGGUCUCAUUUGACUCGUGCUUAGGUAGAUGCGGGGGUGCCUUGAAAACUUCAUUUUAAAUGAUCUUAGCGAGAAAUACAAUAUUUUACAAAACACUUUGAGAAUGUGACCGUCUGUAUGGCCCGUGAAGCCCCAGGUUGGCUGUUGGUUUGGAAGGUCCUGAGUGUAACGCAGGUGAUUCUGAUCCUUGGCACGUGUGAAUCUUCCCGAUGUAUGUUAAAUAUACUUUUCCUGUCAUCACCCUUUGCUAGCAAAGCCAUUAGUUGAAAGGUGAAACCAACACAAGCGAAAAGCAUGUGACUUCUGUCCCCCCAGCCCAAACAGCCUUUGGUUUAUAAACUUCUAGGGUAGGAAACAGGCUGCUGAGAGAUCAGUCAAGAGGCAGUCUCCAUCGGUGUCCCUGUUCCCCUGGGAUGGUGUCAGGAGAGUUAGGUGGUGCUGUUGCCGUGCUCAAGCCCAUGCUGAUUUUUACACACUACACGUAUAACCUACCUCAGAUCUCAGUCAUUAAGAUUAGCAUGCUUUAGACAUAUAUUUAAAAAAGUAACUAUGCACAGCUAUUUGUCCCCCCUUGCUGCUGAAGGUUUCUUAAAGAGAAAAAAAAAUCAAAUUUUUAUUUUUUACUGGCACUCUCAUUUUUUUAAGUCCUAAAGAUGAUGAACAGACAUUUUUAUCAUGAGAAGAAAAAUAAAGCCAUUGCAACUGAAGAACCUAAUAGCAUGACCCAGUUUUAAGAGUAAUUAAUAUGAUAGCAACGGAGAAGGAUGGAGUCCUAACAGUCAUCUCCCAGCAUGCCCCGUCCACGGACGCCAUCCACGUCCAUGUGCGGUGCAAACGUGUGGUUCCUUUGUGCUUUGUUUCUUUUCCCCUGCCUUUUGUGUGCAAGGGAAGUAACUUGCAAAGUUCUGUGCUAAGAGAUUUUUUAAAAUAAAAAUCGCUUCACAGCAGGUUCUCACAAAAUAACUGGUGCUAGCUCAAGAAACCAUUAACCUAACCAUCAGAAAUCUUGACUAAAGGUGUUUCAUGGAUUUGGGGGGUUUUUUUGGUCUGUUUCUUGUUGCUUGUUUUGAUUUUUGGCAGGGCCUGAGUUUCCCACACCCCAGCUUCCUGGGUACUGCGUUGCCUUCUCCCCGAGAUGACAGAGGUGUGCAUGGGAAGAGAUUAUACCCUGCCCCCUUUUGGCCCUUCCACCAGCCUCUUUUGGAAACAGUAGUUGGCAGAGCAAGGGGUUUUUUAAGCGCUAAAGCAAGGAAAGAAGCGCCAGAGCUUAAUUGCUUCGCAUCAAGCAGCAGUAGAUGUGCAAGGAUGGUUGAAGAUGAGUAGACGGUAGCCUGAAUUCACUGAGAGAAAUCCAGCCAGAUCUUGACCUUUAACCACCAUGAUAAUAUCAAACCAAGGCAAUGCUGGUGGAAAGCGAAAAUGAUAUCCCUGAUGUGCCUCAACCAGUAUCUCUUUCUUUUGGUUACUGAAGUGUGUUUUAUGGACUAGGAAGCAUUUUUAUGAAUUGAAAUAGUCUAAAUAAAAUGGUGCUAUGGUAUUUUAAUGUGACUGUCCCUGAUCCUGUCUUGCUGAGGUGCUAUCAACAUUAUUAAAACCACAACCAACCAAAAACAAGGUGGGCUCCAGUCUCUCUUGGCUUUUUUUUUUUUUUUUAACCCCCCUCUUUUUGGUGCUGUCUUCUUAGACCUCUUGUUUACCGUGCUAUAUCUGCUCUGAGCAGUUUUUCUGUUUGUUGUUUUUCCCUUGGUGGCCAAACAAAGGAAGGCUGAGAGGACAGCUAGCUCUCUGGCUGCCAAUGGGAGUGGACCUACCUGGCUUGGGCAGGUCCUUUGGUUUUAAACCUGUUGUCUCAGGCCUAAUGAGAAAGAAAGGGUGAAGGGCUUUUUGAGGGAGGAAGGGGAAGUUGGGGCUCCUGUCUCUUCUACAUGGCAGGCAUCCACAAAGCCAGGAACACGUUUUCCUCCUGCAGCCCAAGGUGCCAAGGAGACAACUCUGGGAGUCCCGAGGUUAACCAGAUGGAUCUCCUUGCUCACUGGCACUGGCUGAGACCAUGGUGGGUAGAGGGGUCAUUUCUUUGCUCCUCCCAUCCUUUGCCUCAGCAUUGCUUCUGCCUCUUGUUGGUAACACCUCCUGUUUAAACUAAAGAAAGGAGCGUUCUUUGCUCUCCGAUGCCACAGGGGGCUGCUUUUUAGUUGGUGCUAUUCUAAAUUUCUUCUUGGGUCCACAGGAGUUGAUGUUUUAAGAACUCAACAGGAAGCUCCAUUUUGUGUCAUCCACUGUCACAAUUUUUUUUUUUUAAAUACCUCAAAAACAGGACAUUGUGACAACUUUGGUGAAGUAGAUUCCCUGAGGGUCUUAUACCUGCAGGUUGUCCAUUCGAUGAUGUACUUGACCUUCAGGAAUCUGGGGUCAUUUUAUUUUUUAUUGUUCAGCGGUUAAAAUUGCAGAACACCUAAAGGAGCAUUGUUAACUUUAAGUUUUACUUUUGAAUAAAAUGUGAAUUUCCUAUGUCCAUCUCACUGAGCUUUCUCAGUCAUCGUUACUGUCAUUUGAAAUGAUUCCCUCAAAUCCUAGUUUGACUCACCAGCUACAUCUGUAAUAUCACAUGGCCAACUUCAACAUACCCUGGACCAAAAUGAACACUUGGUGAGGUGCACGCCCCCAGCAUAUGUUAAAAUCCCAUCCCAUGUGUGCAACAAGUGUUCAGACAUGAGAAGGAGCAGAGGGUGGAGGCCAUCAUGGCGCUCCCCGCCUCCCCACCUGCCCUCAGAGCUGCCCCCAAAACAAAGCAAUAGGCUUCUCCCCAGCAGAGACUGCAGCACAGAAAUCCAAGGUCUAACGUUGCUUUUUGCCUAAGAAUCAGUGAGCGAUUUGGCUGACUUCCUCAUUUGCUUCUAUUCCGAUAUCAGGGAUGCUUUUUGUAGUGGUUUUGUUUGCCUUCUUUUCUCGUUUUGACUACCCGUCGUUCAGGGAUAAUUCAUCACUAUUCACAUGGGAACUAAAGUACUAAUUGGCUCAUUUGAACAUCCAGAUUUUCUUGGUUCCAAUACCUUUUCUUUAUUUUCUUUUGAGGGGAAAAAGGGGGAGAACAACAGGAGUGAUGUCAUUUCUUUUUCACGUAUUCUAAUUAAAAAGAAACAAGGGCAGGUCGCAUUGUGGCAUAGUAAUGCAUUAGACUUAAUCUAGAACCCCUGUAGCUUUUUGAUGUGUUUUAUUUCUUAUCUUUUUGGAUUCCUGUUUGGUUACUUGGCUUCCAAUGGAGGUGAACUUAACAACCAUACUUGAAUAUUCCGUCUUGACUUUGUAACUGUGGCUACUUGAAAUGAAGUUUAUCUGGGGUUGAUGGAUGAAUGGUAGGUUUUUGCAAUGUCUCAAGGCAAUAGGAUGUGUAUUAUUAAACUGUAGAUAUUCUUAGUACAGUAAAUUUAUGCUGAUAAUUUUAUUUUGUAUAAUUUUUACCUUUUUGUUAAUAUUUUUUUUCCUCCCACCUUAUUGGUUUGCCUCCUGAGCGACCCCUCCUUACCCUCCCUCUUCUCCCAGUGUUUCAGUAAAUUUAAUUUAGGGUGCCUAGAAAUUGCAAGUAUGUAUCCUUUUUUGAUUUGUAUUUUAUUAUAAUUUACACAAACAACUGGGUUUGUGAACUGUAUUACUCCUGGUAUCUUUAAAAUAUUGUGGGUGUUUUAAUAAAUUUUAUA